GUCCCAGUGACAAAGGUUUAGAAUCUUUCUAUUAAUGGACAACACGUAGUAGUAUAAACUCUACUUGUUCCCAAUGUAAGACAAAAAAAAACUGCACGGUUUUAAAAAGCAUAAAUCAUUUGAGACGAACCUCAAAAUGCAUUUCUCGAAAAUGAAAAAUUCUCGUAUGGUUCACUCUUCUUUCUUUCUCUCGCUUCUCUUCGUCUCCUCUAUCUUAUCUUCACAAACGGCAGCAGCAUUCAUCGGAACAUACGGUGUAAACUACGGUCGCAUAGCGGACAAUCUCCCGUCUCCUCUCGCAGUAGUAACUCUCCUUAAAGCAGCGAAGAUCAGAAACAUACGUAUCUACGACGCUGAUCACUCCGUACUCACGGCAUUUCGCAACACAGGGAUAGAGAUCAUCGUUGGCUUAGGCAACGAGUUUCUCAAGGACAUUAGCGUUGGAGAAGACCGAGCCAUGAACUGGGUUAAAGAAAACGUCGAGCCUUUCAUCCGUAGCGGUACUAAGAUUAGCGGUAUAGCUGUGGGAAACGAGAUUUUAGGUGGGACCACCAUAGAGCUUUGGGAAGUUCUCUUACCAGCGGCCAAGAACGUUUACUACGCUCUUCGUCGUCUUGGACUUCACACUAUGGUCGAGGUGUCGAGUCCACAUUCGGAGGCUGUAUUUGCGAACUCGUAUCCACCGUCGUCUUGCACGUUCAGGGACGAUGUGGCACCGUUUAUGAAGCCGUUGUUAGCGUUUUUCUGGCAGAUAGGGUCACCUUUCUACAUUAAUGCAUACCCUUUUCUAGCUUAUAAAUCCGAUCCAAGCCACAUUGACCUCAACUACGCCAUCUUCGAGCACACCGAUGGCAUCUACGACGCUAAAACUAAGCUUCAUUACGAUAACAUGUUCGAUUCCAUGGUCGAUGCUUCUUAUGCUGCUCUUGAAAAAGCUGGCUUCCCAAAAGUGCCGGUCAUCGUUUCGGAAACGGGAUGGGCAUCAAAAGGCGACGCAGAUGAAGCCGGGGCCACGGUGAAAAACGCGAGAAUAUAUAAUCGGAAUCUUAUAAAACGGCUGAAGAAGAGAAAAGGCACACCGUACAGACCAAACAUUGUGGCGAGAGCUUACGUGUUUGCUCUAUUCAACGAGAAUUUGAAACCGGGUCCCACUUCCGAGAGAAACUUCGGCCUAUUUAAACCCGACGGUAGUAUUGCCUACGAUAUUGGCUUUACCGGACUCAAGUACUCUUCUGCCACACGGUGUCGUCUUGGUACGUUCUUGAACGCUUUUGUUUCGGCUUUUGUUUUUAUAUUACUUCUUCUUCACUGUUUGUGAGAGUUGUGGUUUCAAAGAUUUCUAACUGACCCUUUUGGUUAGCCCGUAAGUUCUUGAUUAGUUUGUAAUUUAAUAACUUCUAACUUAUCAGUAUUUAAUAAAAGAACUUCUUACU